UGACAAUUCAUCUUUGCUACAUUAAUGCCCGAAGGGGAGGGAGAGAGAGAGAGAGAGAGAGAGAGAGAGAGACCGCCGGUUCGGGAAUUUCUCCCCCAAACGGCGACGCAAUCUCUAGGUCCGUCCAGAUCACGAUCCUUGCAGCAGGAUUAUUCGGAACUGGCGUCUUUUGAUUCUUUGGAUUGGUCGGCGUGCCGUUGUUUUCGUCAAUUUUGUCCGAAUUGCGCAGAAUUGAGCUGUUUACUGGGCAAUUCUCUAGUACGAAAUUCUUGAAACACCGAGAAAACGGAACAGUUGGGAGCUAUUGGGCACUGUUAACCAUUUGGUUGAUGAAUUCUGUUUGAUCCGAGGCGUGAAUUCGUGUUUCAGGGGAGGGGUUUGAUUUGAGUUUUUCACUGUGAAAAUGGGGGUUAUGUCGAGGCGGGUUUUGCCCGUAUGCAGCAGCCUAUGCUUCUUCUGUCCGUCCAUGCGCGCAAGGUCGAGACAGCCCGUGAAACGCUACAAAAAGCUCCUUGCUGAUAUAUUCCCCCGGUCUCAGGAUGCUGAACCAAAUGAUAGAAAAAACGGAAAGCUGUGUGAGUAUGCCUCAAAAAAUCCAUUGCGUAUACCAAAGAUCACCAGUUACCUUGAACAACGCUUUUACAAGGAUUUGCGGAAUGAACACUUUGGUUCAGCAAAAGUUGUUGUUUGCUUAUAUAGGAAAUUGCUAUCUUCAUGUAAGGAGCAGAUGCCACUCUUCGCUAGUAGCUUAUUAGGGAUUCUCCGUACUCUUCUGGAACAAACAAGACAAAAUGAGAUGCAGAUUUUGGCGUGCACCACUAUUGUUGAUUUUAUAAACAGUCAGACAGAUGGUACAUACAUGUUCAAUUUAGAAGGCCUGAUUCCUAAACUUUGUCAACUGGCUCAAGAAGUUGGAGAUGAUGACAGAGCUUUACGCUUAAGGUCAGCAGGCUUACAAGCUUUGGCUUCCAUGGUGUGGUUCAUGGGGGAGCAUUCCCAUAUCUCGAUGGACUUUGACAAUAUUAUAUCCGUGACUUUGGACAAUUACAUGGAUCUCCCCGCAAACCUAGAAAAUGGCAAAUUAGAAGCAGGGCAUCAUGGCUCAUCAUUUCCAGACAUUAGCAAGAGUGUAUCCUCUGUUUCCAGACUUGAGCUGGACUUGACAAUGGAUGUAUCUAAAAAUCCCUCUUACUGGUCUAGGAUUUGCUUGUACAAUAUGGCCAGAUUGGCAAAGGAAGCUACAACUGUGCGGCGUGUACUUGACCCACUUUUCCAUAGUUUUGAUGCUGAAGAUCAUUGGUCUUCAGAGAAAGGACUUGCAUGCUCUGUUUUAACCUAUAUGCAGUUGCUAUUGGAGGACUCAGGCUUAAAUUCCCAUCUUUUGUUAUCGGUCUUGGUCAAGUACUUGGAUAAUAGGAAUAUCGCCAAACAGCCCCUCAAGCAAUUAAAUAUUGUCAAUGUGAUCACACAACUUGCACUGAAUGCAAAGCAGGGGUUCUCAGUUGUGAUUGUCGGUGCAAUAAGUGACCUGAUGAAACAUUUACGCAAAUGCAUGCAAUGUUCAGCCGAAGUAACAAGCCCUCAUGAGAGCAUGGACAAGUUGAAUACUGAUCUUCGGUCUGCAUUAGAGAAAUGCAUAUUGCAACUCUCGGAAAAGGUUGGUGAUGUGGGGCCCAUUGUUGAUAUGAUGGCCAUGGGACUAGAGAAUAUACCAACUAAUGCUACUACAGCUAGAUCUACGAUUUUCUCUGCUUAUCGUACCGCAGAAGUUAUUUCUUGUAUUCCUAAUUUAUCAUAUCACAAAAAGGCUUUUCCGGAUGCUCUAUUUCAUCAGUUGCUUUUUGCAAUGGCCCACCCAGACCACAAAACAAGAGUAGGGGCACACCAUGUUUUCUCCAUUGUGCUUAUGCCAUCUGCUAUAUGUCCUUGGUUAAUCCGUAAUGGAUGGUCUCCACUUCCACCAGUUGCUUCAGAGGGGAUAAACAGUAGUGGUUUCUCAGUUCAGGAUGAAAGUAAUGACGAACCUAGUUCUAUGGACAUAGUAGUGACAGGGAAAGCUAGUCGACUUUUGGAUAAUGUUGUUACUCAAUCAAAUGAGUGUCUUUCUGGUGGUCAAUCAUCUAGUUUCAAGCAUGCCAUGGCCAAUGGAAAAUCAGAACCGACUUCUCUCCGAUUGAGUAGCCAUCAAUUGAGUCUUCUGCUUUCAGCAAUAUGGAUGCAGGCAACAUCAAGAGAAAAUACCCCUGAAAAUUUUGAGGCGAUGGCCCAUACAUAUAAUCUUGCUUUGGUGUUUGCUCGAUACAAGAACUCUAGUCACAUGGCUCUAGUUCGGUGUUUCCAGUUGGCAUUCUCUCUUAGAAGUAUCUCUCUGGAUCAAGAAGGAGGUUUGCAACCAUCUCGCAGAAGGUCUCUCUUUACAAUGGCAUCAUGCAUGCUUAUAUUUUCAGCUAGGGCGGGCAAUCUUCCAGAUCUAAUUCCUCUUGUUAAAUCAUCUUUGACCGAUGGAACAGUUGAUCCUUAUCUUAAGUUGGUUGAAGAUAUCAGGCUGCUUGCUGUUUGCAGUCAUGAAGAGGAAGGCUAUGGAUCACAGAAAGAUGAAAUUGUUGCAUCGAACUGCCUUUCAACUGUAGAGUUAGGUGAUAAAGAGUUGAGAGAAGCUGUGAUAUCACAAUUUAUGUCCAAGUUUAGGAAACUUUCGGAGGAUGAAUUAUCAGGUGUAAGGAUGCAACUUUUACAGGAAUUUUCACCUGAUGAUGAAUAUUUGUUGGGUGCUCCAUUGUUCAUGGAGACACCUCGUCCAUGUUCUCCACUUGUCCAGAUGGAGUCUGAGGCAUUUGAUGAGGUCAUGCCUUUAGAUGCUGUGAUAGAUGAAGAAGCCUUCUUGGAACCAAAUGGAAGUCAAUCGGGUCGCAUGACAUCUCUUUCUAUCAAUUCCCUUGACAUUAAAAGUGUUAACCAGCUUCUGGACUCUGUUCUAGAAACAGCCCGUCAAGUUGCCAGCUUACCAGUUUCAUCGACGCCGAUUCCUUAUGACCAAGUGAAGGAUCAGUGUGAGGCCCUUGUAAUGGGUAAACUGCAGAAGAUGUCAGUUCUUCAAAGUUUUAAGUUGCAACAGGAAGCGAAAGCUCUAACUUUUCCCAAUGCACGCGAAGACGAAAGCAAUUGUCUGCCAAAUGGGACAAUUGAGCUUCCGGAGGGGGAUCUGAAACUGAUGGAGUCAGAGCAAGGCCAAGGACUGGACAAGCUUCUUAUCUGUUCGCUGGAGCAUGGACAGCAGUUGCAGCAGCAAUCUUUCAGACUACCACCUUCAAGCCCCUACGACAAAUUCCUCAAAGCAGCUGGUUGCUGAUCAUGAAAAGAAGAUCUAAUUGAUGUGCCUAAUUACAUAUCCAAUGUAUUCCCUUAUACCCCUUUUGUUCUUCAUGUCGUCUUCGUCUGCAAUUUGUUCAUUCUUUAUGUCGGAAAAGUAAAAGUUCUACCAGGUCUCAGCCGCUCAUUCUCUCGGAAUUUUUGGCUUAUAAUUUGUGUACAAUAUUCCUCUCAUAUAAAGUGUGUAAAUUGAGAGUGGAAGACACAGUUUCUCAUAUUGCCUCUCUCUCUCUCUCUGGUUUGUAGCCAACUUCUUUCAAAUGUUAUAUAUAUAUUUAUUAUGGUGAGAGUGA